GAAAAUAUUCUAAUUUUCUGGCCCUUACCUGUAUCUUCAAUAGUGUUAAAAAGUGUUUGCCCCCUUCCUGAUUUCUUAUUUUUUGCAUGUUUUCAAAUUUUAAAUUUCCGAUCAUCAAACAAAUGUAGUCAAUGACAACAAUAGUUCACACAAAAUGCAGUUAAUAAUUUUUUUUUAUUUUAUAUCUGGAUUUAAAAUGCUCCAGCAAUUGUGCAGAUCGAAUGUUAAGAGGCAGGCCAUUCUAAAGUCUCGGACCUGCGGCAGAGAAGGCCCUAUCACCCCGAGAUGUAAGUUUAGACUGAGGCAUUGUUAACAGAAACUUUGAGCUGGACCUCAUAGUUGUGGUAGGAACAUGAACACUCAAUAAGUCAGAUAAGUGUGAAGGAGCCAGCCCAUUCAGCCACUUAAAAAACAAAAGAAGAACUUUGAACUGGAUCCUGUAAGCAACAGGUAACCAAUGCAAGGAGCCCAAGAUUGGGGUUAUAUGUUCCCGUCUCUUGGUAACCAUUAACAGGCCGGCAGCUUCAUUUUGAACCAGCUGGAGACGAUGCAUGGAAGAUUUGUCCAGACCACAAUACAAUGAAUUGCAAUCGUGCUCAAAAAACAUGCUCAAAGACGUCAUUAGGAAGGAACGGUUUUACCUUUGCCAACUGUCUCAAGUGGAAGAAACAAGAUUGGACCACAGCACUCACUUGUUUAAUUAAUUUAAAAGAACCGUCUAAAAACACGCCAAGGUUUUUAACAUAUGGUUGGAAAUAUGAAGACAACGGGCCAAGAACACUAUCCACACCAUCUAAAGGAGCUGGAUUGCUAAAAACAAGAAUUUCUGUUUUUCCCUCCUUUACCUUAAGGAAAUUCAGAGACAACCACUGCUUGAUAUCAUUAAGACUACAUUAAGUCUACCAGAUUUCAAAGGCAGAUAGAUUUGGAGAUCAUCUGCAAAACAAUGAAAUGUACUAUUAUAUUUGGAGAUGAAAAACCCCAAGGGCAACAUGUACAGAGCAAACAAGGCUGGACCCAAAGUGGAGCCUUGAGGCACACCAGAGUUAAGCCACUUUUGAACUGAAGUUGCCAAUAUUGACAGAAAAGGGCCUUUCAGAUAAAUAUUAACGAAACCACUGGAGAACAGUUCCUUUAAGACCUACGUACAGGUCCAGACGUGACAAGAGGAUAUCAUGGUCCACGGAUAACACAAAAGGAAGAACAGAAAAGGGUAGAAAAUAACUUUCUGAUGAAAGAUGACAGUCUAACCUUUCUUCUGGUAUAUAUCAUGUGUAUAUAUCCCUAUAUCACAAUAUUAUGCGUGGCUUUAAAAAUCUGUCAAAAUCAUCCAAAAAUGCUGGUACUUAGAGGGAUGGCUUCUGAAAAAGGGCGGGGAUUGAAUGAGUCAAUAAUAGAAAGUUUCAUUUAAAAAAACAGUUUGUCACUGAUCAUCUGUAGCAUUUAAGUGUGACAGAUUUACAAUAAAACAAGAAAUCAGGAAGGGAGAAAACACUUUCUCACACCGCUGGAUAUACGUAACUAAUUUCAUGCUUUUAGAAGCAUCAACAACUCAACAGUGGUUUGUUAUUUAAAAAUGUGGUAAUAUUAAUACAUACAAAUAUGUAUUUAAUCAAAAUCAUAAUGCACCUGUUGGUUUUUGUUCUUCAGUGCCCAUGGUAGCCACGGUAUGUCGGUCCUGUGUCCAUAAAAACCUGGUGGCCACAAUGUCAUAUUAUGUCAUACUCCAUACAAACUGUUGGUAAUAAAGUAAUGAUUCUUUACAAAAGUUUAAUGCAAAGAAACUUCAUAUUUAUUAUUACCCACCCUCCAAUAGAAGUUGACUCACCUUGCAUAUCAGCCAGCAGUGACCUGGGUCUGAUUCUCUUCCCUUGAAUUUAAAGGCAGCAAAGAGAAAGCAUUUCAUAUUCAUGAUAAACAGGUUUAUUAACAUUCUUUUGUAACUCUGUAACACAUACUGCAAAUGUUGUCACUGACAAUGAAUGAGCAGAAAAAAAAACCAAACUCGGAUACUUGUUAUAAAAGAUUAACCAUUAAGGAUAAUGCAUUUUUUCCAUUGUUUCCAUUUUUGCGGUGCCUCAUUCACGUACACAGUGCAAUUGGGAAGUUGAAAACGGCUCUGCGUUUGUCACAAUGCCUCCACUUUAUUAAGUUUUCUUCAGCUCGCAUUUAUUUCAGUUUAUAUAUAAAGUUACUUUGUAAACUUGUUCUCUAAUGCUAAGAGUCCACUGGGCCAGCGCCUGUUGCUGCCGGUUUGCACCAAAGUCCAGUCAAGUCGAGUUUAUUUAUAUAACCCAUAAUCACAAAAGAGUCUCAAAGGGCUUAACAAGCAGGCAACAGUAGAUGAUAGACGAUAGACAACAUCCCCUGGUCUGAACCCCCAUCAGGGAGAGGAAAAACUCAAAACCCAUUAGGGAAAACAAAACCUUGAGAAGGGACCGCAGAUGGGGGAAUCCCUACUCUAGGAUGACCAGGCUGCAAUGGAUGUCAAGAGGGUAACAUGUGACAAUUAAAUAUAACAAAGAGUAUAAUAAUAGUCCAGGUCCAAGAUGUAAUGCCAUCAGGGGAGGUGGUGAGCCAUGGGUCUUAGGAUGAUCACCAUCCCUCUGCUGCAGUGCCUCCCUGAGGUAGGCCAUGUCAGAUGUGGUCCAGUUGAGUCAGGGCCUUGUAAAAAGUCGUGCUGCAGCAUUUUGUACUAACUGCAGACUUUUGAAACUUACCAUCUUUAGACCAGAAAGCAGUACGUUACAGUAGUCAGGGUGAGACGUGACAAAUGCAUGGACUAGGGUCUCUGCAUCAGAAGUGGAAAGAAUAGGCCGUAUUUUCAUUAUGUAGCGAAGAUGAAAAAAUGCUGUUUUAGUAACAUUCUUAAUGUGCUUAUGAUAGUAUAGAGUUGGGUCCAAUAUCACACCCAGAGUCACUUUGGGUAAAGAUCCUUUUAUCAAAACUCAGAAUGGUGUCCUUAAACAGGCAACUCUAUUCCAACUUGGCCAUAACAUAAAAACAAAGGUUGUUUUACAUGAAAAUAUUUAUUUAAAAAUAUAACACCAUGACCUAUUUACAAUUUUCACAUUUGAAACUGAACUGUGUGCGUCCAUGCAUUUGUACAGUCAUAAAAAAGAAUAAUAAGUACAGUAAACCUCGGCUAUAUCGGAUUCAAUUGUUCCCACUGGUUUUGUCCGAUAUAAGCGAAAUCCGUUAUAUGUGUAUACCGGAAAAUGUCCGUUUUACGCAUAUAUCGGAUUUAUAUCCGGUAUAUGCGUAAAUCGGAUUUUAUCCGUUAUAAAAAGGCACUUCCUUGACUAUGUUUCCAAUGUACCUGGACUGGGCAAUGAAAAGAGACGUAAGGUAAUGAGAAUUUAACUUUAUUGGACUCUGAGCAUAACAAAUUGUUAAUUAAGCUAGGCCCUGUUACGCCCGUCAGGCCUAUGUUAUUUCCAAUAGUGAGGUUACGAUCUCAUUCAAUAAAUCCCAGGGUGUUUUCUGGCAGCAUUUGCCAGAAUAACCCAGUUUCAUCGGCAUUAAAAAUGUCCUCUGCUUUAAAACGUCUCAGAAUGUCAGCUAGCUUCGGAGCGCCACGAUGCGGCCAUCCGAUAUAUGCGAGGGAAAUUUAAUGGAAAUGCAUUGGAACGGGACUGGAGAUUUUGUCCAAAAUAGGCGAAGUCCGUUAUAAAAAAUCCGAUAUAUGCAAUGAAUUUUUAUUGGAAAUGCAUUACAGAAAAAUCGGUUCUUUUUUAUCUGUCCGUUGUGAGCGAAUUUCCGAUAUAUCCGAGUCCGAUAUAUCCGAGGUUUACUGUACUACCAAAGGCAUGCUGAAUAAAAAUGGACUCGGUCUGAAUCCCGGUUCUACCACUUAACCACUCCCCUUCGUCUUACCCCUUCCUUCACCCGUUAAAACCUAUGGCCGAGGGGAUGAAGUCACUCAGAAAUGUGACACCACUUGAUUUUCACUACAUCAUCACCUUUCACCACUUGCUGAAUGUGACAGGCAAACUAUGGACUAUAAUUAAAUUGUUCAUGUUUGCUUCCAUAGAGUAAGGUGCAUACAUUUCUACAUGAUGUCAUGUUCUGUAGUCUGCCUCACAACACAUUUUUUUAAAUAAAAGGCACACAUCUUACAAAUUGUUACAUUUAUUGCAAAACAACAAACAACUGUAAUAAAUAAGCAGCGAUGUAACAUAAUUUAUAAAAAAUAUAAUGUCAAAUGUAUGCAUAUGGAAUAGAAAUAACAGUCAAUCAUCAUUUUGACUUGAUGAGGUUUAUUUGGCCUCACUCUCUUCAUGUCAUUGAUGUUCUCUCUCACAUUAUUCCUGAGAAAGACCAGAAUUGCAUUUUCUUUUCUUUUCCAUAGUGAGAUUGUCACUUUGGAAUGGUAUUGGAAUGUUGUGUGAUGACUUCAUUUGGCUCAGCAUCUCCUGCAGAAAUGACAUAGAUGCAUGAUUGAUGGGUUAUUAUGAACUCAUUGUAAAUACAAUAAUAAUACUAAUAUAGUUACUGUGUGCUGAAAACAAAUGUAGUUGCAAUUAAAAUAAAUACCUGGACAAAGUUUGAUUCCAAAAGUUAGAUCAUGUGGUGUGCUGUCCACAUAUGGCCAUGUUGCUUACAUCUUUUAUUUAGCUCACUGUCCAUACCGAUUAAUUAAACAGCCAAACGGGCAGGGAAUAUUUUUAACUAAACGCUAAAGUGUAGAAAUCAAGUCUUUAGUCGGGACUUGAACAUUUCUACUGAGGUAGCAGCUCUAAUUUUAACAGGUAGGACAUUCCACACCAUUGGAGCCCAAAUAGAAAAGGCUCUAGAGCUCGCAUACUUCUUUCUGGCUCUUGGGAUUGUCAAAAAAACGGCGUGUUGUGAGUGUAGGUUUCAAGACGGAGCCUAGGGUACAAUUACGUCAACCAGAUACUAGGAAGGUGCCAACCCAUGUAAUAUUUUGUAAACAAGAAGCAGAACCUUAAAGUCACAUCUUAAAUGAACUGGGAGCCAGCGCAAGUUGACUAGCACUGGAGAAAUAUGGUCAAACGUAUGCGUCCUUGUAAGAAGUCGUGCUGCAGCAUUUUGUACUAACUGCAGGCUUUUGAAACUUGCCAUUGGAAGACCAGAAAGCAGUACAUUAACAGUAGUCGAGACGAGACGUGACAAAUGCAUGGACUAGGGCAGGGGUCGGGAACCUUUUUGGCUAAGAGAGCCAUGAAGGCCAGAUAUUUUAAAAUGUGUAUCUGUGAGAGCCAUAUACAUUUUGAAUGCAAUAAAAUGUGCAAAUGUGUGCAUUUUUAUGUAAGACCAACAGUUUUAGAUAUAAUGGGCUCUAAUUAUGUAGACCAGGCACACUACCCCACGCCAAUGGUGUGUGGCCAGCAUACUUUUGUGAGCAGCGCAGUGUCUAAUAAUAAAUCAAAUACUUGCUGCCAUUAAUGCAACUUCUGCUGCUGCAUAGUUUUGAACCGUAUUCAAUACACGUAUUUCAUUCUUUUGGCCAUCUUCACCAGAAGGCUUGGUUCUGCAGCUUUAGCUAUUUGACUAAAGGAGGAAAGUUUACAUUUACAUGUUUUUUUGACAUCUCAAUGACCGAGGUAGACUACCGCAUUACCCAGUAAUAAUCAAGUUUUGGUGUUUGACCUGGAAAAUAUCAUCAGGAAAGAUGGAUAUGGUCGGCCGUAUUGCAGUAGAAAAUAGAUGGACGAAUUAAAAUGCAUAAGAAAGUUUUGAUUAUUAAUAUUAUUUUUAACAGUGAUUUCUGUGAUGUUUAUUUUAAAAUGUUAGCAAAAAUAAAUUUUUAUUGCGGUAAGAAAUGCUUAAGAGCCAGAUAGUGUCAUCAAAAGAGCCCUACCUGGCUCCCGAGCCAUAGGUUCCCUACCUCUGGACUAGGGUCUCUGCAUCAGUAGUGGAAAGAAUAGGCCGGAUCUUCGCAAUGUUGCAGAGAUGAAAAAAAUGCUGUUUUAAUCACAUUCUUAAUGUGCUUAUGAAAGGAUGGAGUCAGGUCCAAUAUCACUUCAAACAGCUAAAAUAACAUAUAAAGCUAAAAAUAACCAAUUAGCUAAAAAUGUCAUCCAAUACUUCUCUACAAGAGAGGAGAAAUAUGAUCUCGGAAGAACUACAUUUGAAACACUUCUAUGCUAGGACUACGUUAUGCUAGCCAUAGCAUUUCAGUAUGUGGAAUCAAACUAUGGAAUGGAAGUCAAACAAUGCACAACGAUGAGCCAACUCAAGAAACAAUACAAGCAGUUGAUGUUUGCUAAAUACAAGGAUGAAGAGUCUUGAACCAGUCAUGACGUCAUUGCAUGGUCACAUCACCUCAUACUUUGGUACGUGAUAAAAAAAUCAAAACAAAAAAAAACAAAUAAAAAACUUAAACUAUAUUGGGAAAGCAGGAAGUGAACAAAUGUAACAGUUACUGAUUGUAAAAGUACCAAAUGGAGGAGUAGGAUUUAAUAAGCUUUGCUUCUUCCUACUCCUUUUGGACAUGUGGAACUGGGAACUGAUUAUGGGAUGCACUCAAUUGUAACCUGAUGCAUGUUCAAAUGAAAUUAAACCAUUACCAUUACCAUUACCAACAUAUUUUGCUUUAUAUAUCUUGAUGAUAUUAUAAUUUUUUCCAAGGAUCUCAAGGAACACACUCACUGAAAAAUCGGGUGCACUGAUGAUAUGCACGGUUAUUGUUAUUCUGACUUGUGGUUGCCUAAUUCCAGGUCCACUGAAGAAUGUCCGAUCAGAACAAACAAACUGUCACUUCUUUAACUGUCCUUUAGAACUUUCACACGAUCAACACAAUCAACACACGCUCUUCUCUCAACACAGCAGGUGGAAGUUUCAAUAUGGGGGUGUGGUUCUGCAAUUCUUCAAAUGCAAAAUAAACAGGUGCUGAAUAGCUAGUUGCAAUUGACAUCAAAUAUCAAAAUAAGAAAGCACAGCAUUCAACAUGUGUUAAUUCACACUGACUGUUGGCAUAAGAGCGAACAGUUAACAGGCAAACAUACAUUCCAAGCUCUAGAGCACAUUACAAGGCUUAUACUGCUAUCUACUGGUGGAACAGAGCGACUGCUGGUGAGACACAUGGCAUACCCAUGGACAUCGUAUCUGACAGAGGUACCCAGUUUAGGUUUCAGGUGUGGAGGGGUUUCUGCAAGGUGCUAGGGUCGUCAUCUUCUGGAUACCACCUGGAGACCAAUGGCCAGGCAGAGCCAGGACUUUGAGGCAGCCCUCCGUUGCGUCUUUCAUCAGCACCCUUCAGCCUGGUCAUCCCACCCGGGGGUGGAAUACGUGCACAUUUACUUGGAGAGCUCGGCUGCAGGUAUGUCUCCAUUUAAAGCUGCACACGGCUACCAGAGGGAUGUGGCAAUCCCUGCCACCCAGGCAUUUGGAGGGAGACAAGGGCUUGGACAGAACAGGAGGGUGGCGGACCGCCAUUGGAUCCCGGCACCAGACCAGACUAUCAAGUUGGUCAGGAGGUGGAGCUAUUGCCCAGGACUUACCACUAGCAGUUUCCAACAGGAAGUUGGCACCCAGAUUCGUGGGACCAUACACUAUACAUAGAUUCCAUCAUCAGCCCAACCUUCAUCAAGCUCAAGAUUCCGCCCUCACCUAAGGUACACACAGUUUUUCACGUUUUGUGCAUUAACACUAGAAUGCCCAGCGGUACGUGUCCCUACCUAGAAUUACCAGAGGUGAGCCAAAUGGCUUGACUUGUGGGGGCUAGUUUUAGCUAAUAAUCCAUCCGGAGAUGUGAACAGCCUUUUUUGUUAUGUUUUUUGUUAUUCUAUAUCUACAAUGCCCAGAGAGCAGCCAAAUGACUACCCUCUGAGUGGCCAAUUUUAGCUAAUGAACCAUCCUGAGGUGCAAACUCAAGUCACAACCAUGCUAACCCCUAACUCAAGUGAAAGUAAGCUCACAUUUAGAUAAUGUUAAAUAAAAGGAAAAAAGUAGUGACACAAGUAAUUACUGAAAUAAGAGCAGACUAAAAAAGUAAAAAUAAUUUUAAAAGGGGGAAAAAUAUGAUCGUGAGUCGUGACAGAAAUUAUGUGAAACAAAACAUGAAAUGUUGCAAAACAUUAUUUUUGAAGAAAAAGGCAAAUAUGUGAAUAUACACAAAUAACAUAACAGUCAUUUACUCUACAAAAAGUACAACAAACCACUACUUUGAUGCAGAAAUGAAGCUUUAGUCAUCUAAAGAUUGCUAUCAACCACGAAAGCAUGCAUUGUUCUGUACUCCACCCUUGUCAGCCAAAAGGUAAUGCCUUCAUUUACAAACCAACGGAUGCUAGUAUGCCCAUAGUUUACCAUAAUACCUGGCCACAGCCAACAAGUCUGAUGGCAUUGGGAAAAAUCACUGUAUUACCAAUACCGUUAUGACAGUUUCUCACAUAUUUAUUUCCUUAUUCUGUGCAUUAUAAAUGAGAAAACAAGUUGAUUUGAGCUAGCUUACAAUCAUCAGAUACACCUAUUUCGACUAUGAAGCCCUUAAAAAAAACCUCUAACAACAUUGCAUCGUUUGAUAUCCAUGCUGUGAUCAUGCAUUAACACGUACGUUGAUGAUAACAUGUAAUAGUUGCAGUAUCUUGCAGUUUUUUUGAUGAUUUAAAACACUACAGAAACUUGAUGCACAUUGAUACACAUACUUAUGGUAGUUCCUUCAAUAACAACAGCAGCGAUAACAUUUACAAUGUCCGCUCCAGUCCUCAGUGCUCCAGUCCUCAAAAUAUGAGUCUUAGUAUCCUUGAGCUUAAUAUCAACUAUUCCAUCUGUGAAUGAUGUUGAGACUAGCAAUUAGUUUUUCUGCUACGAUAAUAAAAUCGCAGUAGCUUGGUUGAUAUAAUAGUCAGUUGUCAGUUAUGUAAACAGAACACUGUAGAUGUUUUUUUUUAAGUAUUUUUUGUGAGGCUUUAGCAUCAAAAAAGGUAUUUCCCAGGACGCCCAUUGCUAGCGAGGUCAUAUAAACUUGUUUUCUUGUGAUAGUUUCUGGCAUUCCUUGAAUUCAAAGGCAGCAAAUGGAAACUGAAAGCAUUUCCUAUUCCUGAUAAACAGGUUUAUUAACAUUAUUUUGUAUCUCUUGCCUUAUCUUGUCUUCUCAGAUGGCACAUACUGCAAAUGUUUUCACUGUCAAUUAAGGAGCAGAAAGAACAUACCAACCUUUUCCAAUGAGGACCAUAUACUGAAAAAUUGGAUGCAAGGGGGGUAUUACAACAGUCAUGCCAUGUGAUGCUAUUUAUUUAUGAAGCAAAUACAAGCACAUUUAAUUAAAAGCACAAAAUUAAUGCAAAUUCACCAUCAGUAGCUUGUUUUCCAGAGAGAAAAUGAUAACAUCGCUAUUUGAUGUGUAGAUGACAGGUGUAUGUUUUCAGCUUCCACUGUUUGGUAGUUACUGAACAGUUAGUGUUUGACAGCAACAUCUCCAAUGCCACUGUGGAACUUUCAAGAUAGUACCUUAUAACGUCAAUCCCAGGUAAUGAAAUAGAACCAACAAUCAUUAGCAUGGAGGCGACAAAGUUUUCACUUUGUCACUCUCCCCAUUAAGCUAAACAGUAGAUACGUUUUUUCAGCAUCCCCAGUGAGAAAGUAUUUCUUCAGAUGAAAAGCACAUGCUAGUCACUUUUAAUCCGAUUAAUCAUGUUAAUUAAUCACCAUUUCCAACUGGCCUGGAUCUACCAACACAUCAUCCUGCCAAGACUACUCUGGCCGCUGCUGGUCUACAAUGUGCCACUGACCACUGUCAAGGGCUUUGAGAGGAAGGUCAGCUGUUUCCUGUGGAGGUGGUUGGGCUUACCACGAAGCCUCAGCAACAUCGCCUUGUACGGGAGGAGCAACAAGCUGAAACUGCCCUUCAGUAGUCUGAUGGAGGAGUUUAUGGUCACCCGAGCAAGAGGGGUGCUGCAGUAUAGGGACUCCAGUGACAUGAAAGUCUCCUCGGCUGGCAUAGAAGUACGAGCUGGCAGGAAGUGGAAGGCUCACGAGGCAGUAGACCAGGCUCAGUCCCGCUUGCAACACAGUGAGCUGGUGGGAACAGUGGCUUCUGGACGGUCAGGCCUCGGGAGCAACCGAAGACCUCACUUCAACAAGGCCCAGGGAAAGGAAAGGCGUCAGCUGAUCCAGGAGGAGAUCCGAGCAGGGGUCGAGGAAGCCCGCUGCACUAGGACAGUAGGGAUGCGGCAGCAGGGAGCGUGGACCCGAUGGGAGGCAGCAUGAUAUCGGAGGAAGAUAUCGUGGACAGAGCUAUGGUGAUCUGAGCCACACCGGAUUGAGUUCCUCAUGCGGUCGGUGUACGAUGUGCCCCCAAGCCUCCUCUUCUGCUGGGUCUUGGCGGAGAAUCCACUGUGCCCUCUCUGCCGGAGUGCUGGAUCGCUGGACUGCUGUCCCAGGGCACUGGGGAAUGGGCGUUACCGCUGGUGCCAUGACCAAGUGCUGCAGGUCAUCGCAGAGGUCAUCAGCACAGGGAUCUCCACCAGUAAACACCAACAACCAACAAGGCAGUCCAUCGCCUUUGUUAGGGCUGAGGAGAAGCCAAAGCAGUGCCGGAGUCAUGCAGGGGGGCUGCUGGCGACAGCUCGAGACUGGCAGCUAAAAGUCGACCUAGGGAGGUAGCUCAAAUUCCCGGAGAACAUCGCAGUGAUCACUCACAGGCCAGACAUGGUCCUGGUGUCAGAAACAACUAGGAAAGUGGUCCCGCUGGAGUUGACUGUUCCCUGGGAAGACCGGAUGGAGGAGGCCUUUGAGAGCCUUCACUGAUGGGAGCGCUCUGCUGCAGUGGUCUAACCCAAAGCGAAGAGAGUCAGAGCCAGGACACUGCACUGGACACUGAAAUGGAAGGUGAGUUAACUUUUAUUGCCAUGCAGAUAAUAAUAAAUGUUACAUGAUAAAAGUCACUGUUUUCUCUACACUUAAACUUCCAGGAAUGGUGGUAACUCACUUGAUUUUUGGAAAGAAUUAUUAAUUCGUCACCAACAGUUUGUAUAAGGUAUGGUACAAUAUUAUCUAACUGAAAGACAUUGUGGACUCCAGGUUUUUAAGGACUUCAGAGGCACCAUCAGACCAUGGAUACCAUGAGAAAUGAAGGAGAAAUGACAACAGGUACAUUCCUACUUAGGAAAUCACUAAUACUAUAGAUCAUAGGAAGUGUGCAGCCGCAGUAUUCAUGGAUCUGACAAAAGCCUUUGAUACAAUCAAUCAUGACAUCCUAAUAGCUAAAUUAGAAAGGUAUGGAAUAAGAGGAUUAGUUCAGAAGUGGGUCCAAAAAAAAACAAAAAAAAAACUGUCUACAUUGGUGGCACUACUGAAUUUAAUUUAGUUGUAAAUUCAAUGAAAUGUGACACAGUACAAGACACAGUCUCAAGUUCUUGUUUUUUAAUGCAUAAGAUUAGACACAUGCAAUCCAGAAAAUAAGUAAAUGUCACAAAAAAGUGGGCUAAUAAAUUGACACACAAAGACUGCGGAUUUCAGAACAUAACAGAUGAAGUGAUACAGCACUCUACAAGAAGCAAUGAAGUCUGUAACAUUAAAUAAUUAAAAUAAAAAAAAAAUAAAAAAAAUUGUUAACUAUAAUGAUGAAAAUGGUAAUAUUAAUGAUGAUUAUAAUGCUGGUAAUAAUGAUAAAGAUUAUAACAAUAAUGAUAAUGAUAAUAAUAAUAAUAUUACAAUGAUAAUAAUAACAGGGGAAACAAGACAGUGGCAUGAACAUGAUUAUAUCUUGCAAAAAGGGGUAGGCAUUUAUAAGCUUUUGCUUCAGCCUACUCCUUUUGGGCUUGGGAUCAGAUAGUUGAAUACAAAUGUAAAUAAUGGAAAGUUAUAUUUUGAUUGAUGUAAGAAAUGCACUGUAAUGAUUCAUAUAUUUGCCCAAAUAAAGGAAAAAUAAAAAAAAUAAAAAAAAGCAUCUGCACAUCUGCAAGUUCAUAUAUUACGUAUGGAGUACACCAAGGGUCAAUACUGGGACCAAAAUUGUUCAACUUGUACAUCAAUUAUAUCUCCAAAGUUACAAAAGACUUAAAGCUGGUAUCUUAUAGAGACGUUUUUUUUC